GUGAGAACGACCCCGUCAAAUUCCAUCUCAUAUCCAUUCCAUACCGAAAUCCACGCCCUUCCUAUUAUUAGUAUACUAUAGUGUAGUAUAGUAUGUCCAAACCAAUCCUCUACUACUACAACACUCCCCCCUCUCCUUAAUUCUCCUUCUUCUCUUCCCUUGUUCAUUUCUCAACCAGUUUCCCAAGAUCCGAUUCAAUAAUGGAUCCUAACCCGUCCAACUUCCCCAUCCUCUCCUACGUCAUGGACCGCCUUUCCACCGUAGGAUCCAAGUCCGCCGUCGACGACAUCUCCGACCUUGAGUCCAUUCAAAUCGACGAUGGCCAGCCCCAGUUGAUCAAACCCCACCAACCAUCCUCAGGCCUCCUCCACCAGAUGCCCCACCUCUCCGACCCCAAAGUCUUCGCCGCCAUGACCCGCGCCGUCUCCGACGUCGCCCAGACCCGCUCCGUCCUCAACGCCCUCGGCGACCGUCCCGACCACGAGGCCGUCGACGCCGCCAAGGCCAAGCUCGCCCACAUCGAGUCCACUCUCUCCAAGAAGCUCGAGGACCUCGUCCUCUCCCCCCGCCCCUCCGACGUCGACCGCUUCCAGUGGCGGGCCCACCUCGCCGAGCGCGAGCAGGAGUGCCGCGACGCCGCCGAGAAAGACAAGCGGGACUGCAAGGCCAUUCUCCAGCUCGAGGAGCUCCACGCCUCCUACGAGAAGCUUCUCAAGGACGCCGAGGACAGGCUCAACAAGAUUUAUCGCUCCGCCGAGGACGGAGUCGUCGAGGAGCCGCCGCCGGUCACCGACCAAGUCCAUGAGGAGGUCGUCGGCAUUCUGCAGCAGGCUUCCGGCACUGCGCUCGACCGGAUCAACCUCUCCGGCCGCCGCCUCCGGUGCUUGCCGGAGGCAUUUGGCAGGAUCACCGGAUUGCUACACCUUGAUCUUUCCAACAAUGAGCUCCAGCUUAUUCCUGAUACAAUAUCUGGAUUGGAGAAGCUACAAGAGCUUAACUUGUCUUCCAAUCUGUUGGAGUCACUGCCUGACACCAUUGGCCUGCUGCAAAAUUUGAAGGUUCUGAAUGUCUCCGGCAACAAGCUGGCUGCUCUUCCUGACUCUAUCUGUCAUUGCAGGUCAUUGGUGGAGUUGGAUGUGAGUUUCAACAACCUCACAUACUUGCCAACCAACAUUGGUUAUGAGUUGGUCAAUCUUCAGAAGCUUUCCAUGCAAUUAAACAAAAUCCGUUCCCUUCCCACCUCUGUUUGUGAGCUGAGGUCUCUGCGCUCCUUGGAUGCUCACUUCAAUGAGCUUCGGGGCCUUCCACUGGCUUUUGGCCGAUUGGCCAAUCUCCAAAGUCUGAACCUUGCCAGCAACUUUACUGACCUUACUGAGCUGCCCGAUACUUUUGGUGAUCUAACCAACCUCAAGGAACUUGAUCUCAGCAACAAUCAGAUUCAUGCUCUGCCAGAUACAUUUGGCCGCCUUGACAAUUUGACCAAACUUAACUUGGACGGAAACCCUCUUGUGCUUCCACCCCCUGACAUAGUUCAACAAGGUGUUGACGCUGUCAAGCUCUUUAUGGCCAAGAGGUGGUUGGAGAUACUGGUGGAAGAAGAAAGGAAGAGCAUGCUUCAAGUACAAGAAGAAGCAGAAACUGGAUGGUUGACACGCAGCACUUCCUGGUUGACACGCAGCCUUUCAGGUGUUUCUGGAUAUCUGUCUCCAAGAUCUCCAAGAGACCCGAUUCUUGAUCAGCAGCUAUGAUUUCAUGGAAUGGCUUUCUGCUGCACAUAAUUGUGCCAAACAUUCUUUUUUUUCCUUGCUUCUUUUUGUUUACUUGUUUUGUUUCCUUUCCAGCUUGAAAGAGGUUAAAACCUUGACAAAUUUUGCUCCUUCUGUCGAAUAGUUGGGAAUUUGAAUGUUCACUUUACUCUCUGUAAAAAGCUUGUUCAUUAAAUUUUGAUAGUUUGUUAUACACAUUUGUUGAAUCUGAGGCAUCUAAUUGUUGCUUAGUUUUGAUGCA